AUGGCAUCAGCAGGAGGGUCGAUGAAAGAAGCUGCGAAGACUUCUGUCCGCAAGGUUGCAGUGCUGGGUGGAGGUGCUUUUGGUACAGCUAUGGCAAACCAUGUUGCCAGCAAAGGCAUCCUUGUUAGCUUAUGGGCCAGGGAAGAUGAGGUCGUGCACAGCGUCAACAGCAAGCAUGAGAACAGCACUUUUCUGGCUGGCGUUCUGCUAAGUGAGAAAAUCGUCGCCACGUCAAGUGUCGCAGAAGCUGUUUCGGAAGCCGAGCUUCUCUUCCUUAUCAUCCCCACGCCUUUCAUUGCAAAGUGGCUCGAGCAGAACCAGACUGUUCUUCCGUGGCAGGUUCCACUCGUCUGCUUCAGCAAGGGGAUCGAACAACAAAGCCUUCGCACUCCUUACGAGAUCUUGGUUGAUGAGCUUCCGGGAAAAUAUCAUGCCAAGCUGGCAGUGGUGAGUGGUCCAUCCUUUGCCAAAGAAAUUGGCGUUGGUUUGCCAACGAGUGUAGCUUGUGCGGCACAGGACCUUGAAGUUGCGAAGCAAGUCCAGCUGGCAUUGGCGACACGAAACUUUCGUGUGUACACUGCGGCAGAUGUUAUCGGUGCCGAGUUGUGUGGAGCUCUUAAGAACGUUUUGGCCAUUGCUUGCGGCGCCAGCGAUGGGUUUGGCUUCGGAGCUAACGCGAGAGCGGCUUUGAUAACCAGAGGGUUGGCAGAAAUGACACGCCUUGUGGUCAAGAAAGGUGGAAAGGCUUCAACCAUCACGGGGCUAGCGGGAGUUGGGGACCUCGUCCUGACCUGCAGCAGCAGCCUCUCACGGAACUACUCAGUUGGUCAGGCUAUGGUUGCAAGGAGCCUACCAGAGCAUAAGCGUCAGGUGCCUGGAACUGGAAACUUCAACCAAGACCUGGCAGUGGCUGAGGGAGUGAAGACCAGUCUUGCGGUCCACCUUCUAGCCGAAAGACUUGGGGUUGAGAUGCCCAUCUGUGAGUCUGUGUACGAAGUCAUUCACAAAGGAGUUGACAUCAAGACCGCACUUCGCAAGUUGCAAGAUCGCCCCUUGAGAGCCGAGCACGAUGAGUAUCAGGGCACCUGGGUUUGGAGCGCUCUCUGA